AUGCAGGGUCCCAACCCAAAGCCAAGCACCUCAGUUCCCAGUGGUAUGGCCGUGGAUAAGAGAGUCUCCCCAGGACUCCCAGAGAAGCCUCAGGAUCUGGGUACAGGGCUGGAGGAGGCUCUCAGCACACUGGGGCUGGAGGGAGAACGCGAGUACGCUGGGGACAUCUUUGCUGAGGUCAUGCACCCCUGUGGAGUCCAACUCACCCCAGGCGUCCGCGGCGUCCGAGGUCUGGAGCUCAGGCAAGUCCGAAGGACAGGUGUGGAGAAUAAGGCCGCGCUCGCCCCGCCGCAGGUGUGCGGCGCGCUGCCCCGGAGGGCCUUGCCCCGCACCGUCACCCCGGAGAUGCGCGCGCUGGUGGUGGACUGGCUGGUCCAGGUGCACGAAUACCUGAGCCUGGCGGGGGACACGCUUUACCUGGCCGUGCACCUGCUCGAUUCCUACCUGCACACGGGCCGAGUGCGCCUGCGCCGCUUGCAGCUGCUGGGCGUGGCCUGUCUGUUCCUGGCGUGCAAAAUAGAAGAGUGCGUGCUCCCGGAGCCUGCUUUCCUCUGUCUCCUGAGUGCUGGCUCCUUCUCUCGGGUGGAGCUGCUGCGCGCCGAGCGCCGCAUCCUGAACCGCUUGGAUUUUCGGCUGCAUCAUCCGGGUCCCUUGCUGUGCCUUCACCUGCUUGCUGCGCUCGCCAGGACAAACGCCCAGGUGAAGCGUCUUGCUACCUACUUCCUGGAGCUGUCCUUGCUGGAGGCUGAGGCCGCGGGAUGGGAAGCUGGGCGUCGGGCUGCUACAGCUCUGAACUUGGCCUACCGCGUGCUGGAAGGGGCAGGCUCCAGACCUGUACCUGCGCUUUACAGCCCUGCAGAGCUGGACCCCCUUGAGCCCUGCAUGGUUCGAGCCGCGCUCCGAGGUCCUGCGCCAGGGCGUGCUGCUGUGUUCCUCAAGUACGCGAGGCCCCAGCACCAGGGCACCAGCCUCACCGCCGCCCGACUCCUCCGGGGUCUCCAGCCUGCGGCUCCCAGAACACCGUGAAACGCGAACAACCAACCAGAAACCCCAAUGCGUGCGCCUCCCUCCCGUCUGGAAGAGGUUUAUUUUAUUCUGAGCGCUCUCUGUUCUCAUUGGUGACAUCGUAGUCCCGCUCUCGGUUUUGAUUGGUCCUUUCCUAAGCCUCUCAUCUCUGAUUGGAUAUUCUUACCAAGGCCAUUUAUUAAGGGAAAUUUAAAACUCUUCCAAGAGGGGGCGCUGGCGGACUUCCCCAGCAUGGCUCGUCAAGAUGAAUGAGAAAUUUCAAAGGAUGGGAAUUUGUGGGGAAGUCAGGGGUUCCCGCUGAGUUAUGAGGAAUGCUAGCUUAACCUUGCCAGCUUUUCUGAUUUUACUCAGGCACAUCUGAAGGUCUGCAAUUUCGUAAACACUGUAUUAAUACUUCACCUAAUUCAAUAUUUUUAAUGAUUGCACAAGAUCAUCAGUUUGUAAGUCUUUGAUAGGAAGUUCAAUAAAUGAAGUCU